AUGCGUAUCCAAGCAAUUACAGCCGUAGCAGCGGUCAUUCCGCGAUGUCUUGCUGAGCUGCAGCAUCCCCUAGGAAACCAGUACUCAGAGACUCCCGCCGACAGCCCCUUCAACGACGCCUUUAACCAACGAGUCGAAUGGAUACUCGAGCACUUCCACAUCCCAGGCCUCUCCGUCUCCGUCGUCAACAAUGGCACGACAUUCGCAAAAGGCUACGGCCUAUCCAACAUCGCCACAUCCACCCCUGUCACCCCCAACACGCUCUUCUUCGCAGGCAGCACCACAAAAGCACACACGGCCGCUGCUCUCUCACUCCUCGUCGACGACAACAACAACUACCCUCACAUCCAAUGGGACACACCAAUCCACACCCUCCUCCCUGAAUUCGCACUCAGCGACCCGAUUUACACCUCCCAAAUCACCCUCACCGAUAUGCUCAGCCACCGCUCCGGGCUCCCGCGGCAUGAUAUGCUCUUGAUGCUGAACACCACUGCCCAGGAUAUCGUAGCGAGGCUGCAGCAUCUCCCACUGACAGCGCCUAUCCGGACUAAGUUUCAGUAUUGCAACCUCUUGUAUAUAACUGCGGCGCAUCUAAUCGAAACCGUGACCGGCUCAGCCUUCGAGGACUUCCUCCGGACGAAUAUCUGGAAUCCACUCGGCAUGAACGAUACAGGGUUCGACCUCCAAGCAGCACUAGACAGGAACCUGGAUGUCGCACAGGGAUACUACUACGACGCAGACACCGAUACAGAUACAGAUACAGAUGCAGAUACAGAUACUGGGAAAGGAAAGCUGCACCCAACAAACCGCACCUACAACCCCGCCAUCACAGGCGCAGGAAACAUCCUCACCUCCGCAACCUCCUACGCAAAAUGGAUGGACGCCCUACUCACCCACUCCCCGCCAAUCUCGCCCGCGGGGUACACCGCGCUCUUCAGCGCACAUACCAUCGGAACCCCGGCGCCAUAUAACCCCUUCAGCGCGCCAGACCUGUACGGGUUGGGCUGGGUGAUCCAGAACUACCGCGGCGAGACGAUCGUGCAGCACGGCGGCGCGCAGGACGGGUAUGGGGCGUUGGUGGUGAUGCUUCCAGCCCGGGGGUUUGGGGUGACGAUUCUCGGGAAUUAUAUGGAGGGGAUGAAUGGGGCAGCCCAGGUUUUGGGGUUUGAGCUUGUUGAUAAUCUGCUUGGGGUUGGAGAGGGGGGGAGGUUUGAUUGGGUUGGGACAAUCGAUAACCAAACCCGACAAUUCCAACUCACAAACGAAACAUUCGAAAAACUAUACCCUGACCUGCCCGCGACUCCCUCGCUCAUUCCAGCCCCGGUGGACAGCGCCUCCUUCGCCGGUCGAUACACCCACCCCGCCUAUCCAGCCCUAAACAUAUCUUCAACCUGUCCAGAGCGCGCACCGCUCCGAAACCCCGCGAAAUGGACAGGCGUGCGACUGUGCGGGUCGUUCGAGGAUCUGGUCCCUCUGCCUGAUGAGCUGGCGUUUGAUUUCUUUCAUCUCACCGGGGGAUAUUGGGCGCUUGUGCUCGGGUUGGAGGGGAUGCAUCAGGCGACGAGGGCGGAGUUUGGGGUUUCGGUUGGUGGUGUUGUUGAUAGAGUUGGGGUUGAGUUUGAUGGGGAGAUGAUGCUUAGGGGGGAGAAGAUCUGGUUUGAGAGGGUUUGA